AGGAAUUUGUAGAUUAAUGUAAGAAGAUGGUACAUUAAUCAUAUAUACACAAUGGAUUCAGACAGUGUGGAUGAUUUACCCGUCAGAGAUACAGGUGGAUCCAGGAGUGAUAAAGUGAGUGAGCAGAAAAGGUCCCAGCAGCGGAGAGCGGUUGCUAAGAUAAGCCGUGAGGAGCUAGAAGAUCAGUAUCUCAGACUUCAUGAUGAAAACCUUAUCCUUAAGAGACAUGCUCGGAAACAGGAGGAGAAGAUUAAGAAGAUGGCUACCAAGCUACUGCGCUUGGUCCAAGAUAAUAAGAAGAAAGAUGGUGAUACGGGAGCAGGGGGAACAGGAGCAAGAAGGAAAGGAGGACGAGAUAUCGAGACAGAAGAGAUGAUAGAAGAACAACAACAGAGGAUUAGAGACCUUGAAAAGAACUGUGAAGCGUAUAAGAAGAAACUCAUGGUUGCUAAGCAACAGAUUGCAACACAAAGCCAAAGAAGGACUCCAUAUAAUCAUGUCCAAUCCAGGAUAAAUACAGGCAUGCCCAAGCCUCCUACAGACAGUGUACAGAGAAAUCUAAGAGUGCAGGGAAAUAGAACAGGAUCAGCGACUCCAAGAUCGAUACGUAAUGAUGUUCUACCAAGAUAUGGUCACAGUCUUCUAGAGGAAGCAAGAGCUGAAAACCAACGGCUGAAUGAGGAGAUUGAUAACUUGCAUGAAAACUGUCAAUUUUUGGAUCAGGAGAAAGAAAUACUUAUGGAACAGAUCCGAAUCAAAGAGCUAGACCAUGAAGAGGUUCUCCUUCGACUGAAAGAACAGAUGUCAGCAGGUCAAAGGCAUACAGCAAAGAGUAAUAUACAAGAGAAUGUUGAUAUGAUCAAACUGCAGCGGGAGGUGAAAGAAAAAUCUCAGAAGCUUGCUGCCCUCGAGGCCCAGUACGCCACGCUACAAGAGAAUCUUGCCACAGUGAAGACCAGUCAUGAUGCUGUUAUUGCCGAGAUGGAGGAUUUGAAUAGAAAACUACAUCAGGAGCAAGCUAAGUCACUUUCACUCCAGACUGAACUCAAACAAGGCUCAACACUACAGAGAAAUAUAUCAGAGCUUCAGGAGAGAAUAUCAGAUACAGAGAGAGAGAAAGAUAUUCUGAGAGAGGCUAAUGAAAAAUUACUGAACAGUGCCUUUGAUGCAGAAAGGGAGCGUCAGUAUCGUGCCAAUGAGAAGCAACUCAAACUCCAGAUUGCUCAACUUGAGGCAACUCUCAAAGGAGAUCUGAAUGAUAAAAACACACUUCUUGAUAAACUCAAUGAAGAAAGAGAGGAGUAUGAGAAGCUUCAGAAGGAGAAUCGUGAUAUGCAGGUCAAGUAUUACGCUGUCAGGAAACAGCUUGAAGAGCUCCAAGAGAAGAUGAAGUUCUUUACCAAAGAGAGUGCUGUGGAUUGGAAUGAGAUGGAAGAAGCACUUAUACUCGUCAAGAAAAGAAAAGAGAGAGGUACACAGGAUCUGGACUUUUUAGAGAAAGUGGAUGAUGAAAUCAAUCGUGACAUGAAGAUCCAGAUGGGUGCCCUCCAGGCGGAGCAUGCAGAGACGGUCAACGAGCUGGAGAAGACUCGUAAUAUGCUCCUUCUACAGAAUAAGAUCAAUAGAGAUUACAAGCAGGAGGUAGACAGCUCCACCAGGAGACUGGAGGAAUAUAAGCAGGAGUAUGAAACCAAACUGGAUGAGUACGCUCAGCUUCUUGAUAUAAGGGCAGCUAGAAUCAAGAAAUUGGAGAGGCAGAUGAAGGACAUUGCUUAUGGAACUAAACAAUUCAAGAUGGCUGAUAUUGCUCCAGAUGAAGAUGAUUAUGAAGAGAUUGAUGAGAGUGUCAAGCUAGAGAGAGGUCAGAAUCUAUUGGAGAUACAUAUAGAAAAGAUAACAUUCACCCAGGAUGGUCUUCGAGAGCUUGGAGAUAAUGAACCCUCAACGUUUGCAACAUAUGAAUUCUUUGAGUUUGAGCUUCAAUCAACACCUGUCGUUAAAGGAAACAAACCUAUGUUCAAGUUCACCUCCCAGUAUCGUGUGACCGUGGAUGAUUUCUUCCUCCAUCAUCUGAUGAAGGGCGCCACCACCCUAGAGGUUCAUCAAGCCAUCGGUACGGAGUAUCGUACCAUAGCAGCAUGUCAACUCAAGUUCAGGGAUCUAUUGGAUAAACCACAGGGAAGGGUCCAUGGCACAGCACAAUUAGUUGGUGUUGAAUCCGGUCGCACUGAUGUGAUCUAUGGUACUGUGGAAUUCUGGGUAAGAUUGAGGGUACCAAUGGACCAAGCUUUGAGAUUAUUCAGGGAACGUGUGAAAGCGCUCGGUUACAUGUCAUCUAAUCAGAAGAACACCCAACAAGCCUUAGCCAACCUAGCCAAGGCUACAGGAGAGGAACCAACACGUGAUACAGAUGAGAAUAUCAAUGAACUUACGAUCAAGGUCAUUAGAUGUGAUAAUGUCAGGGCAAGGAGAGAGGGUAUCCAACCCAACCCUUAUAUUAUCUAUCGGUUCUUUGAUUUCAAUGAUCAUGAUACGACGACUGUUCAGAGUAGUAAUACACCAGAGAUAAACGAUAUGCAAACAUACCCUGUACCUGUCACACCUGAUCUAGACCGGUAUCUAAGAACAGAGACUCUUGAUUUCUAUGUCUUUGACGAUACUGAUCCUGAAGAUACAGCAUACUUAGGAAUGGCCCAGGUUCCUCUCAUCAGCCUUGUCAACAACAAACCCAUCAAAGGAACAUUUGAACUAAGAAAUACUGAGACUGCCAAUGGAACUAUCGAUGUGAUGAUCAACUGGCAGGGUACAUACAUAGCACCCAAGGUUGUUCAUACUACCCAGAAGCCACCCGUUCCGUCGAGUAGCACCCCCAAGCCCCCUACCUCAAGGCCCACCUCGGGCAAAGCCCCCGUGCCUAUGGGUAGGUCACCCAAGCCCCCAUCGGCACCCCCUACUGCGCCCCGUUCCGCACCACCAGCUGAACCCCCGUCAGCUCCACCGCAGCCGAAGGAACCUGAUGCCAGACCAUCGCCAGCGCCCAGAGGCUUGGACAUGACACCAACCAGAGACAAGCCACCCCUCAAACCGAUUGCAUCAUCGACACCUGGUUCAACGCCAGAACGGCGUAACUCACGGGAUAGAUUGAGAGACACAGGGCCGUUUAUGCCACAGGUCCGAGAGGCAAAGAAGAAAGCAUCCAAAUCAGUUCGUGUGACGGAAGAGAAGAAAGAACUUAUCCCCACCCCUCCUGUAAUCUCUGUUACACCCCCUACACCCCAAAAGGGUGAGAAAGACACCAAGCAGGCAACUCCGAACCGAAGAAGACGACCUUCAAUCCCCAAGCCGCAGGAACCAGAGCAGAAGGAGGAUGAGAAAGCAGCAGAAGAGCCAGAGGUUGAAGAAAGUAACUCAGUGGAUGAUCUUGAGAGGGAGAUUGCAGGAGAGAUGGAACGGCAAGAGAAGGAAGAGCAAGAGGAAGAGAGGUUUGGAGCGGAAACACCGGCAGUGGAAGAUGAUGACAAUGAUCUGGUGGCUCAAGAACUUCAGAAAGAAUUUGCUGAGGAUACUACUCAGAUUGGAAAGACAGAGGUAUAUGAAGAUACAAUGUUUGGAGAUCCAGCUGCCCCCACUGAAGAGAACGACUUUGAUGAAUCUUCUAUAGAAGAAGAUGUUGAGAUACCAGAGCCUGAUGAUGAUGAUGAUGAGGAUGAGGAGGAAGCUGAAUCAAAAGCAGCUAAGAAUGAUAAUGUCAUAUCAAGUGAUAGUGAGAGUGUCAUUAUACCAGCAACACCAACCAGGCCAGUCUCAGCCAUGGCUAAUGAAGACACCAUAAUAAUCAACAUUGGCCAGUUGACUAUUGACCAAGAUGCUUCGCUGAUCACCGAUGAUACUAUCCACAGGCUGUUUGUAGAAUAUCAGUUUCUUGGGAUUGCUCAAGAGGAGCUUGAAACGCCCUUCUCAUUGCCCAAGCCUGGCCCUAAUGGACCUUUUGAAUUGUCAUAUAACUUUCACAAAGUGAUCCAUAUUGAUGGUGACAUGACUAAACGGAAUUACUUGGCGGACUUCCUUAGACCAGACCACAGUGAGAAGGGAAGGCUUCGUUUCACUGUUGUGAGUGAACCACCAGAUGAGUUCCAAGAGGAUGCUGAAUGCAUUGAAGUGGGUUAUGCUUAUGUUGACCUUCGUGCCUUACUAGAGGAAGGUCGUGACCUCACAGACAGUGACAUCGAAGUGGUGAAUGUGCAUGAUGAGUCUGAGCCCAUAGGUUCAGUGACUGUGACUGUAUAUUGUGUUGCAGCACUCGGGGCCAUACAACGUGAAGUAGAAGCACUCCGAGCUGAGGAAGAUGAGGAGGGUGACGAUAUCGACACCGAUGAGGAAGCUUGAAAGCUCAGUAUCACUGCCAUCUUCGAAGAAAUCAAAUCACCUUUUGGGGGGCCCUGUUACAUAAAAUUACUGUGAUGAUAUCUUUGCGUUCUACUGGUAAACUUCCAUGAAAUCCUUGAUUAUAGAGCUGUUGAGCAUUGUUUCUGUGGUAUUUGAUUUACAGAUGUACUAAGCACAACGAGAAUGGGUUCAAACAAUACAGAAUAGGAUAGUUAUGAAUCAUGGUGAAUGUUGUCCUGUUGUUCCGGUUUCAAUCCUUCAUUGUUCCAUGAAUCCAAUGCCUGACACCCUGUUAUAUUCAGAAUAAUGAGAUUUGAAGUUCAAGUUCACCCCAGAAAAAUGUUGAUUUGAAUAAAUGGAGAAAAAUCAAACUAGCAUAACACUGAAAAUUUCAUCAAAAUCCGAAGUAAAAUAGUACAGUUAUGACAUUUUAAAGUUUCACUUGUUUUUCACAAAACAGUGAUAUGCACAACUCGGUGACAUGCAAAUGAGACAGUCGAUGAUGUCCCUCACUCACUACUGGUAUUUCUUUUGUUUUUUAUUGUUUUAGUUAUACAAUAUCAUGCUUUACAGAUUUGACAAUAAGAACAAACUUGUCUGAACCAUAUACAUACAUAUACAUAAUGCAUAAACAAUACUAAUUCCACAUGUUCAGGGAGGAAUUAAUCAUCAUUUCACUUUACAAUGAAGAGAAAUUUAGAAUUUUUCACAUUUCAUAUAAUAAAAUACAAAAGAAAUAGUGAGUGGAUGGCAUCAUCAGUCUCCUCAUUUGCAUACUGACCAGGAUAUGCAUAUAAUUGUUUUGUGAAAUGAAGCGAAAUUAUCAAAUGUCAUGAUUUUCUUAUUUUACACCCUUUGGAUGCAUGGACCUAUCCACGGAGGAUUAUUCUAUUGUUACUGGGGGUGCUGAGCAUUGUCACAGCACCCCCAGUAACAAUAGAUAAUCCUCCGUGGAUAGGUCCUUGUUUGGAUGAAAUUUUCAGUGUCCUGCUUGUUGGAUUUUUCUCCUUUUACUCAAAUAAAUUUUUUGUUGGAGUGGACUUGUACAUUCAGAAUAUCAUGUUAUGAAUCAUGUGGAAACGUUUUCUUGUUGUUCCAGUAUUGAUACUUGUGACAGGGACUCCUAAUAGUCCAUUCACAGUGACUGUGGUAGUCAUUAGAUGGCAAAGUUACAAUAAUUGUCCUAUUAUGCAGCAGGUUUCUGUAUUGAGCUCCAUCAUUUCUUCCUGGGCUCUAUUUCAUCAAAGCUUGCUAUCAAAGAAACAAAUGCAACUAGUGUAAGAUUUUGAAAUCCUGUCAUUUGAUUGGUCAUUAUCAUGAUUUUUAACACUUGUAAUUGACAAAAUGUUUUAUGAAAUGGGGCCCAGAUAUUUAAUGUCCUUUUGGUGGCCUUCAGUAUCCUCUCAUUCAAUGGCUGUGUCUUUGACCACGCUGAAGUCGUCUUAAUUAUCUUUGAAUUCUGUAAGAAAGAGUUCUGUAAAUAAAAGUAUUCAUCUGAAACCUUGAUAACAUAACCUUGAGAAUUGCAUAUCAGAUGCAUUUGAAUUUAAAAUGCACCUCCUGCAAUAUACUACGAGUUUGUGGUAAAAAAAAAUUAGCAUAUGCGUAAAUUGCUUUGAUGUAUUGUGAUUUUCCAAAGGCUACCGUAUUUGAUUGUUGUCUUAACUGUGCAGUAUUGUUGAUAGCUAGCAUGGGCAUGUAUUUGUAAAAAUUGUUGAUUUUGAUUUUUGAAUACCCUCUUUUUUUUUCAAUCCGUGCAAUUUACUGUAUAUUUUGUUCAUGAGUACUAUUUACGUUCUUGUAAAAUUUAAAUUGUUAUAGUUUCAUUGAUAUUAUGUAUAUUACAUAUCAGAAAUGUUGAAGAUGAUUGUGGUUUAACCUGAAUGGCAUCAUUCAAACUGUAUUUGAGUUGUAAGGAAUGUAUUACCUUCACAAGUUCAUGCUUGUAUUUUUCCCCUCACCUCGAAAAGUCUUGAGUUUUGAGUGAAUUUUCUUAAAUUAUCAGUGCAGUCUUUGCUGUACUGGUUUUUGCCACUUUGAAAUAUGUCCUAACAUUAAAGGAGAAUGAAACCCUUGAAACCAGCUGAAUCCAUAUCAAAGAGAAAAAUCAAAGAAACAUAUUGUUGAAAGUUUGAGGAAGAUUGAAUGAAUAAUAAGAAAGAUAUGAGCAUUUGAAUAUUGAGAUCACUAAUGCCAUGUAGAUCCUCCCAUUGGCAAUGCGACCAAGAUCUGUGAUGUCACACACGUACAACUCCCUCAUUACUUUAGUACUUAUUUCACUUAUAUUCUCACUUUUACAGAGUCUAUCACAAGGUGAGGUGUUCUCUAUAUGAGAGAGUACAGAGUUUUCACAAGUACAGAGGUUUCACAAUAUUAUAUCAUUGAUGAAUCGUUUGUCAUAUGAUUAGAGUUAGCAAAAAGAGAUGUUUUGGGGUAUAUUUUCAGUGUCCAAAAGGGGAGAGUUGUUCAUCUGUGACAUCAUCGAUCUUGGUCGCAUUGCCAAUGGGAGGAUCUCCAUAGCAUUAGUGAUCUCGACAUUCAAAUGCUCAUAACUCUUCUAUUGCUAGUCCUAUUUUACUCAAACUUUUGUUGAUCUUAUUCUUUUAUUUUUCUGCUUUCACAAAAGCUAACUUGCUCCAAGAGUUUCAUUCUCCUUUAAUAUUAUGAAUUUUUACCUGGCCAUGCAAUAUUUUGUCCAAAAGGAGUUGGGAAAUGUUUGAUAAUACUUUCCAAGUUAUUGUUUAAGAAGCUGAAUAUAAGAUCAACUGAAUGCCUCAAGCUCAAGUUUAUAAUUCUUCUAAAUUUAUGCAUGUUAAAUUCUGAAUAUAUACAUGUAUAUAUGAAUGCUUCUUAAUUGAGUAAACAAGGAUUAAUGUUCUUUGUAUCUUAAUUAAUAAAUAAUGUAUUCAAGUUAGACCUCGUAACUGUGAGUUAUCACUUUUUUUCUCUCAAAUGAAUGCAUGCCGUUUAUAUGGUUAAUAUGAUCCUUACUGAUUGAAAUUUUCAAGCUUUGUAUUCUAUAUUCUAGUAUACUGAGUCAACAACGAUAUUCAUUCUCUUUAUCUGUAUAUCCAUAGAAUAAACUGCCCUAAUGUUCCAUGAUUAAAUAUAUCUUUGUGACAUUAUGUAUGUAUAUUCUUCUGAGAACUAAUCAGCAUUAUAUCGGUUCUACUUAUUUCAUGUAGACCAGCCCCGCUCCCUUCUCUCUAUCUCUCUCGUGCUUCUUGAUUUGUGCUACCCACAAAAAUGUGUAACAGUGCAGCUUAAUUAAUGCUGACUUGCACAGGUACGUGUCCAUAUAUAUUUAUUAAGUAACCCAUUUUUUAUUAAACUGUCAGUAUAU